GAGGUCAUUCAAGCACGGCCGAUUUCAGUGAUUUGCAUACCGCACAAGAAGCCGAUGUCAACAACGAAGUGAUCGAAGUAUUCCAAGACGCUGUAACCGAAUUUACAUGCAGUACACCGAAGGCAAAGACAGAUGUUGCAUCUAACUUUCCUGACUUUGUGACUUCGCCUGUUUCUUCUUCCACUGAUUGUGAAAAAUGCGAAUUGUUUGCUGAGGAGAUUCGUCGGUACAAAGACAAUUUGAGGAAGUGUAAAGAUAGAAACAAGAGACUGAGAAAACAGCUCUGUGACCAGAAACAAACUAUAACACAACAGACCAACCAG